GCUAAAGAGGCAUCUGCUGAAUAUUCAGGCCACAGUGUGAGCAGCAGGGUCUCGUUACAUAUAUGAGAAGGUUUUAAGUUGGUAGGCAUGUGCUUUGAGCAUCCAAAAAUGAGCAAAGAUGAGAAGAUCUGAUAAAAAAAAUCUUUAACUCUAGUGCAACACUGGAAUGUUAGCAGUAGAAGAAAGCAUGAUGUCAUGAGAGAAUUUGUAAAAAGAGAGACAAAAAGUAGGGGAAGUGUGGCCGAAGCCUCGGCCUCUUCCUGCUUGAUGAUUAGCACAGGAAGUUGAGGUAGAAACAGAGGGGCGGGCUGACACAGAGAAACAUAUUUUCCCAUUGCCUUUCAGUUUUUCCUUAUUCAGUCCUGCUCAACAGGAGGAAGGAAAAGGGGGGCAGAGAGGAGGCGGAGUUUUCGAUGGAGCUGAGACAGAGAGACAGAGUGAGAGAGAGCAGUCGGACACUCAAUCUGUGGAAAUAUGAUGGAAGCCAGCGUUGUUUGUAAAGACACAGGACACACAAGCCCUCUGACAGGAGCACUUGACACUCCAGCCGUCCCCUCUAUUGCUUCUACCCCUCCAUCUUCUCCCCUCUCUCCACCUUCCCUGCCCUCUUCCCUCCCUCCGGCCCGGCCAUGUCGACCCAAACCGCCACCUCCUGCGGUGAAGUCCCCCCAUGUCCCCUCCUGUCCUCCUUUACCUCCAUCCACUCCUCCAUCCCUGCCUCCUCCUCUUCCUCCUGUCUCCAAACCACCUCUGCCUAACCCAUCCAAUCCUCCCUCUGUUCCUCCUCCUCUCUCUUCCAACCCUACUCCCCCGUCUCUCCCUCUUCCUCUUUCCCCUACUCCAGUCUCUCCUUCUACCCCGCUUUCUCUCCAGCCAAUGGCCUCUUCUGAUCUUACUUCCCCUUUUACUCCUCCUCCAUUAUCCCCAACAACAUCAUCACCCUCAGUCAUCACACCUUCCUUUUCAAUUCCUGCACUGCUGAGUCCUAUAGAUCGGCUGGUUGGAAGCGCCUCAGUAUGGCAGCCCAAAGGAUUCAGCCAAGACCGAACCACAAGUAUACUGGAGAAAGAGCCGGCUGGGGCUUUCCUCAUUCACAGCAAAGAGGACAAUAGCAUGACACUGUCAGUACGUCUGCCUGAUGAACAGGGUGCAAGGCUUGUAAACAACCUGAUGAUCAAGCAAUACAAGACAUUUGUCCACUUAGAUGGUUCUUGUCUGGUUUUUGAUGACAUUUUCAAACUGGUCUCCUUCUACUGCACCAGCAGGGACAUCCUGGAUAUCCCUCUGAGGUUACCCCAGGCCAUUACCACGUCAGCUACGAGAGAGGAGCUAGAGGUCAUCUCUGCUAUGGGUGCAGAUUUUUGGAUGUCUAAUCUGAACCAGCAGACAACGAACCAGGACAUGCACUUGGAUCAGAACCACAGCAGACUUUACUUAUAUGUCAACCCAGUAACCGUGGAGGAGAGUCCCAACAAAGACCUGAAUCAGCCCUCUUCCUCUAAGCUUGAUAUGAUCACCAAUCAAAACACCACCUCGUCCCUGGAGAAUGGAGAAGCGCCACAGAAAGUCAGCCCAGAGGUCAAAGGUCUGACUAAAGCCACAUAUAACCAAGAAAUAAAAUACAAGCGCCCUCCACCCCGACCCCCCAGCCUGAGCUCAGGGUCUGGGAUGGGCCUCCUCUUCUCCUCUCCUCCAUCACCUCACACUUCAUCUUCUGUAAACACAGCAGCUAACAGAAAAGAGGAAGGAAGGGGAGGAGUAGGCGAGAGAGAAGAGAGGAAGUCAAUGUCAACAUCACCUCCUCCGUCGAGGCCUCCUGUCCCCCUGCAGAGCCGAGCCGCUCCCCCUCUGCCUCCUGCUCCUCUCUGUCGCACCUCCUCCAGGAAAAGCACUGACCGAGAUGUAGGAGAAGGGAGGGAGAGAGAGAAGGGACAAACUCCUGCAAAGAGAAGUGAGAGAGAGAGGGGAGGAGAGAGAGGAGAGGAUAAAACAGGAAGUAAUUCGGGUCUCCUGGGUGAGGCGGCUGACCAAGAGAACAGCAGCCAACUUCAAGAGGAGGAGGUAAAAAAGGACAGAGAAGAGACAGUCAAAGAGAAUGAAAAGCAGGAAAAAGAGAUAAAAAUGGAUAAAGAGGAUAUCAAACAAAAACCCAGCUCCCAGUGUCCACCAUUAGUGAAGAAACCGUCCCGUCCAGUGCCUCCGCCGAGAAGGAAACCAUGUUCCCCAGACUCAGCUGUGUGCCCCAACCAGGCUGGGGGAGUCAGUCAGAGUGCUGGGGUGAGAGUGCCCCCCCAAUCACCGGCACGGCGGCCAGAUGUGUCACUGUAUUCACCACAGGGGGGAGCUGUGAUAGGAACCGACCCCGACUCAUGCUCUACCAGCAGCACAGAAGAAGAAGGAGAGCUGAACCAAGAACAGGAGCAAAACCACAAUCGCCUUGCAGAGAGCCGCAGCCCCAAGGUAGCAGUAAGGAGAACCCCCACCACCGUUAUGUUGGACCGAGCCCGCUAUCGCCUGUCCACAGUCCUCACCGGCCUCAUCAGCCAUGACCGUCGUCUCACGCAGCGCAUUGUAGAGCUAGCCAGGGACCCCCUGAGCUACUUUGGUAACCUGGUAAAAGAGCACCGUGCGUUCACCUUGGAGACCAUGUCGAAUCACUCCUCCUCCACUGAGCUGUUACAGGAGAUCAGGCAGAUGAUGACUCAACUGAAGAGUUAUCUCCUGCAGAGUACAGAGCUACAAAGCAUGCUGGAGCAACAGCAUCAAUAUGCGCAAGACAAACUGGAGAGCAUAGUAGAAGCUGCUCUGUGUAAGAGUGUACUGAAGCCACUGAGGGAGCCAAUUUACCAGAGUCUGGAGAAACUGCACACCAGCAACAGCAGCCUGAAACAACUGGCGCAGAACCAGUCUGUUGUCCUGGGCAGCACCACCACAGCACUAGGUAUAACCACUGCUGUCCCUGAGGCAUCUGCUAUGGAGAAGAUCAGCAUCAAACUGAACAACCUCCACCUGGAGUAUUCACCACAGAAAAAGAUCGAGCUGUUGCUAAAGGCCUGCAAGAUCAUCUACGACUCCAUGUCUGUCAGCAGUCCAGGGCGGGUCCAUGGUGCUGAUGACUUCCUGCCUGUAAUGAUGUACGUCCUUGCUAGAUCUAAUCUGUCCAACCUGCAGCUGGAUGUUGAAUACAUGAUGGAGUUGAUGGACCCGUCCUUAGCACUAGGAGAAGGGUCCUAUUAUCUGACCACCACCUACGGAGCUGUGGAGCACAUUAAGAAUUUUGACCAGCAGAGGUCAGCAACACGGCAGCUCAGCAGAGAAGUUCAGGACUCUAUCCACCGCUGGGAGAGGCGGCGCACGCUCAACCAGGAGCGUAUGGCCCAAGGAUCUGUUCGGGACUUCCUCACAGUGUGUUGUCCUGAGAUUGGGACCAACCCCAAAACUCUUGGUGUCCUUCCCACAACGACAAUCCAGCAGCUUACUGAACAGUGUGCUGCACGCUUUGAACACGACUCCUACAUGCUCAGUGUGUACAGAGACGGUGUUCACCGGCCCCUGGCCCCUACAGAGCUGGCUGUCAGUGUUAAGAACAGUUGUCUGCCUGGAGACUACUGCUUUGUCUAUCACCCCAUUGACCAACCCAACAACCAGAGGGUCCGCAACUGCCCCACUGACCCGCCCCCAUCUCCACCCACAGAAAGCUUUUUCCCUGCUGAGAUAGAAGCUGUUGAUACUGUGGAGUCAGAGACAGAAGAGGACAGCUUGAUUAGCUUGUAACUCCUUGAGCAUCACAUCGGCUGUGACCGUAUUGCUAAUGUAACUACAUCAUUGUGACAACUGCAUCAACAAAGUACUGAUUCAUAAAGAUGAGAGGAACAAAAUUAAGGAAAGUCUUUAAAUCUCAGGUCUCUUUGGAAAUAUUGAUCUAAUUAAAAUUGUUGUGGAUUAGUGCAUGCAUGACAUGACAAACUAUUGCAUGUGAUGAAAUGUGUUAUAUGACUCCCUUGUUUUAGAUUAGUUGUAUUUCAGUUUAAGUCUCUGACUGGUCUAAUGCCACCAAAGGGAGCAGUGACCAACGAAAACAAGACAGAUUUAAAGACAGAUUUUGUGUUCCAACAUGGGGUCUGGAACCCCAGGGACUGCAGGAGGAUGUGGUUUUAUGAAAUGUAAAAAUACAUGUAAUUCUAACAUGCACAUAUAUGAUCAUGUUUAUACUGUUUAUACUGAUACUUCAUGUUACUCUUUCUGAUGUUCAAGAUGUCUGCUUCAAACUGGUAGACUGUUAGGUUACAGAUUGUUUCAUUCAGGACUAUACAAACAGGAUUUAACUGAAAUUUGGAUAUAAAGGUCCUAAGCAGUUAGAUCACUAUUACUUUGUGGAAAAAAAAACAGCUGCUAUAAAAAAUGUUUAAUGAGGUAGGAAGUCAUUUGCAGCAUUUUAUAAAGAUCACAGGUAUGGUAGCAGCUUUAUGGACCAAAGCUUUUUAAUCUCUCAUAAGCAUCAAGGGGUUUCAUCCUACAUUUGUCUUCUGUAUAUUAAUACUAUUGAUAUAUUGAUUGUAUUGUAAAUAAACUGGCUUUUACAAUUUGCUAA